CGUACAACUUGGUCAUAUUCUUCUACCACCAAUUUCCUAAUCAACUAUCAGCAGCUGUCGUUGAAUUUCAUCAAUCGGAAAUGGCGAAACGCUUAAUCCCAACCUUGAACAGGGUGCUGGUGGAGAAACUAGUGCCCCCUUCUCAAACCGCAGCUGGAAUCCUCCUACCUGAGAAAUCCUCUAAGUUGAACUCUGGAAAGGUGAUUGCAGUCGGACCGGGAGGUCGCGACGUCGCCGGAAAUCAUAUUCCGGUUGCGGUGAAGGAAGGCGACGAGGUUCUGUUGCCUGAGUAUGGCGGGACGCAAAUCAAAUUAGACGAAAAAGAGUACCAUUUGUAUAGGGAUGAAGAUAUCUUGGGGACCCUGCACCAUUGAUUCAUCGGAAAUCUCAAUGUCAAAUUAGCUAGUAUUGGAGUUUAGAUUGUUGUUCACUCUUUUCUUCAAUUCCAUUAAUAAACCAAUAUUUUGUUUUUA